AGCACUGAGCGGCGAAAGUACAAAGAUACAUCACAGAUGGAAAGCUAAGCAACGUCGUCGGGCAGCGCACUAGCGCUAGCAGGCGCUAGCUGGCCGGGAAGCAGAUGCAUACAGCAUACUACUGGAGUGCAUGUCAAAAUUAAUUAAUCGUAUAUUUAUUUUUUAUAUACUACGGUAUAUGUCUAUCAGGUCUAGUAGAGUCCAGGAUUUGUUUGUAUAUAAAUACUACACGGACAGCCCUCUUCAGUCCACAGUAUAUACGUAGUACGUGCACCCUGCAAUCGGUUCCAUGCCUUUGCCUACACACGCCGAUUGUUCUUGGUUAUUAAUCGGCGAGCAAGCUGUAGUAGCUAAUAAGGCACGGCCAUGAGGAGGCUCGGGUUGUUGGGUACUGCGGCAGCCGCAGCAUCAGGGUCUCGGUCUCCGGCGACGACGAUGCCGCCGUCGUCCGUGAUGCGCGCGGCCUGGCAGGCGGUGCGGUGGUCCGUGGUGGUGCCGACGCUGCAGGUCGCCGUGUACGUCUGCGCCGCCAUGUCGCUGAUGCUCUUCCUCGAGCGCCUCUACAUGGCGGCCGUGAUCACCGGGCUCUGGCUGCGCCGGCGCCGCAAUAAGCAGCGCUCCCGACGCCGCCUCGCCGACGAGCUGGACGACGACGACCUGGAGGCCGGCGACGACGACCACUGCUGCCCCAUGGUCCUGGUCCAGAUCCCCAUGUUCAACGAGGGACAGGUGUACCGUCUGUCCAUCGGAGCGGCGUGCGGGAUGUCAUGGCCAUCGGACCGGCUGGUGAUCCAAGUGCUGGACGACUCGACGAACCCGGCCAUCAGGGAGCUGGUGGAGGUGGAGUGCUUGCGGUGGGCGGGCAAGGGCGUGCGCAUCCGCUACGAGAACCGCAGCAACCGCAACGGGUACAAGGCCGGCGCCAUGCGCGAGGGCCUCAAGAAGCACUACGCCAGGGAGUGCGAGUUCGUGGCCAUCUUCGACGCCGACUUCCAGCCGGACUCGGACUUCCUCCGGCGCACGGUCCCGCUGCUGCAGCGCGACCCCGGCGUCGCCCUGGUGCAGGCCCGCUGGCGCUACGUCAACGCCGACGACUGCAUCCUCACCCGCAUCCAGGAGAUGUCCCUCAACUACCACUUCGCCGUGGAGCAGGAGGUGGGCUCCGCCUGCCACGCCUUCUUCGGCUUCAACGGCACGGCCGGGGUGUGGCGCGUCGCCGCGCUGGCGGACGCCGGCGGGUGGAAGGAGCGCACCACUGUGGAGGACAUGGACCUGGCCGUGCGCGCCAGCCUCCGCGGCUGGCGCUUCGUCUACGUCGGCGACCUCGUCGUGCGCAACGAGCUGCCCAGCACCUUCAAGGCGUACCGCUACCAGCAGCACCGGUGGUCGUGCGGCCCCGCCAACCUGUUCCGCAAGGUGCUGCCGGAGAUCCUCCGCAGCGACCGGGUGUCGCUGGGGAAGAAGCUGCACCUCCUCUACGCCUUCUUCUUCGUCAGGAAGGUGGUGGCGCACCUCGUCACUUUCCUCUUCUACUGCGUCGUCAUCCCGGCAUGCGUGCUGGUGCAGGGCGACGUGCGACUGCCCAAGUACGUGGCCAUGUACGUGCCGGCGCUCAUCACGCUGCUCAACGCCGCCUGCACGCCAAGGUCCUGCCACCUCCUCAUCUUCUGGAUCCUCUUCGAGAACGUCAUGUCCAUGCACCGAUCCAAGGCCGCCGUCAUCGGACUGCUGGAGGCCAGCCGCGCCAACGAGUGGGUGGUCACCGACAAGCUCGGCAGCGGCAAGGCUGCUCCGGUGGUCGCGAGGAAGAAGAAACAGCAGGUGCUCCGGAGCAGGUGCUGCAGCACGAGGCGGGAGAUGCAUGUGCUGGAGCUCGCCAUGGGGGCGUGCCUGCUCUAUUGCGCCGUCUACGACAUUGUCUUCUUCGGCCGCGACCACUACUACAUGUACCUGCUCCUGCAAUCGGCGGCGGCCUUUAUCGUUGGCUUCGGCUACGUGGGAGCCUCGGCACCCUCCUGAUGAGUCUCGAGUCCUGACCAAC